GUCGCCGUCUUAUGCUCGUCGCCAAAAGUCGCUUCUUGUCCCGCACUCAGAUCGAAAACUCAAAGUUUGCACAACGGUUCCAAAUCCAAAUCAAUAUCCAAACGGGAAGCAGCGAUCGUGCUACAUAUUAAAUCUUUAAAGAAAAAGUUUAAAAACAACAAAAUAUUGAAAAACCAGUGAAGUUUCUUGUUUAUUGGUGUUCUUCAGAUCAUGAAAUCCGUGAAUUUAUCUACAAGUUGGAAACUGACGCAUCAAGAUGAAGCGUAGAAAAAGCAGAAAUAAAGACCCGAACGCUGAGUCCACACGUUCCAGAACUGGAGUCAUGUCAUGGGAUUGUUAUAUAAGGGUUCCAAACUCCUGAACAUAAUUCUGGAUUCCCUGGAAGACCAAGAGGGUGGAGCUAUGUACAUAUCGUGCGAUGUCUCAAACGGCGGUCCUGUGGAACCAGAGACGGGCUAUGUGCCCAACAAUCCCCUGUUCGGCUUGGCGCUGGACAGCCCCCAGCAAGAGUGCGCCGCUUCCUGCGUCGGCUGCUUAUCCUGCCAGGGCAAUACCGCUCUGCCCAUCUCUUCGCUCACCAGCAGCGACUUCGACUGCGGCGGCUGCUUCGAUCCCACAAUUGGAGUGGGCGUUGGCGUGGAAGUGGGCGUGGGUAUCGGAGGCGGCCACAUCCAGAUUAACACCACACCGCCGGCUAGCAGCGGCAACGGGAGUACCAACAACGGCGGAGGAUCAUCGGGUAAUCCCAGCUACUGGAGCACCGACGAGAUGGCCUCCACGUUUCCCGGCCUCCCGCCUCUGGACAUUGAUCCGCUGCCCAGUCUAUUCCCAUUCUCGCCGUGCGGCGCCUCCUAUAAUUUCGCCGCCGGAAAUCCGCAUCAGGCUUCGCUGUCGUACACUGUGCAUCCCCACCAGAUGCUCAUAUCGCCCAAUUCCCACAAUCACGGCCAGAUGCACUCACAGCACCAGCAACUUCAGCAGCAAUCCCAAGCCCAGGCAUCGCACGGUGGCAACUCGCUCCUCCAAGGCGCCAGCGGUAACAACGUCAGCAGCAAUGGAGCUUCCAGCGGAGGAGGCAAUGCAGCUGCCUGUUACUACGAGACCGCUGGGGGUGUUCCACCUCCUCCGCCACCGACGGCGGCCAUGUAUCCCAGCAUGAGUGUAAACGUCAGCAUGAACAUGACUAUGCAUCACGGCUACGGAGCAUCCGAUGGCAGCGGUGUGCCGAUGCAGUGCUCCCAGAUGAACUGGACUCCGCCCAGCAACUCCUCCACCGCAGCAGCAGCGGCAGUGAAUGUCCUGUACCCGCCACUCCUGAGUCCGGGUCACUAUCCCACCUCAGCCACAUACUCCUUUACGGCGGAUUUCCGAGCACAAGCUCCGUCGGGCCUGGGUUCCCUGGCUCCGCUCACCGUGGGCGAGAAGGAGUCACCGUCGCCGCCAGCCAGCUCCGCCCUGGGCGGAUACUACCCAACAGGAGUGGGCAACCAGGGAUACACGCCGCCCCACAAGAGUCCCACCAGCUACCAGGCAGCCGCUCUUGGCCUGAGUCUAUCCGCCUUCGAGGACGAGGAGGAUAGUAACGAGGAUCCCGACGGAGACGAGGGCAGCAGUGGUGGGGAGAUGAAACCGAACCUGUGCCGGCUCUGCGGCAAGACCUACGCCCGUCCCAGCACGCUCAAGACCCACCUGCGGACGCACUCCGGCGAGCGGCCGUACCGCUGCCCCGACUGCAACAAGAGCUUCUCGCAGGCCGCCAACCUGACGGCCCAUGUACGCACACACACCGGCCAGAAGCCGUUCCGCUGCCCCAUCUGCGACAGGCGCUUCUCGCAGAGCUCCAGCGUCACCACGCACAUGCGGACCCACUCCGGCGAGCGUCCGUACCGCUGCUCCUCCUGCAAGAAGUCCUUCUCGGACAGCAGCACCCUUACCAAGCACCUGCGCAUCCACAGCGGCGAGAAGCCGUACCAGUGCAAGCUCUGCCUGCUCAGAUUCUCUCAAUCGGGAAACUUGAAUCGGCACAUGCGCGUCCAUGGAAAUAAUAACAACAAUGGCAGUAGUGGAAGCAAUGGUGGAACUGGAGCUGGAGCAGGAGCUGCCGGAGCCGGUGGUGGGGGCAACAGCCUCCUUACAUGACAAAAGCCACGCAGUGCAGGCGGUUUCCAGCAUUACCACCCCCCGCACACACACCCACACGGCCAUCCCCAUGUGCACCACCAGCAUCACCACCACCACGCCGCCCACAUGGGCAACUAUGACUACGGGAAUUACAGCAUCGGCGAUUACACUCCACCCGGAGCCACACAAAACUAUUCAGGGUAUUAUUUCUGCGCACUCAAUAAGCCGCCCAAGUUCGAGCGAUUCUACUAGGAGGCCUUGAAUCUGAGGGAUCCACAAGAGAAUAAUGAAUAAUUUAUUAAUAUAUAGGUAGUAUCUACCAGGUACUAGCUCUGAGGUAAUCCAAUUGAAGAAAAUAAGGCUUAACUGAAGCUGAAGUUUACAAAAAGUGACGAAAGUAAAGGCAUGGUAUUCCAACUAGAUAAUCCCAUGUUACACAUCAAUAUGAAUUGCUAUAAAACAAAUAUUUGGGUUCCUUUAAAAUGCUUAAAUAUAUACUUAUACAGGGGUGCCAAAGAAUUUGCUAUGGGUUAAAAUUCAAUUAAAAGUGUAAAAAAUUGUGCAGCUUAUGAAUUCCAGAGAACUUGUUCAAACGAUUUCCAAGCAAUUAAGAAAUCUGCGGCACACUCCGAUAACGUUUCCCUAGGUCCCAAAAUGCAGAUGAAAAUGCUCAAAUUGAAAUUUCAGUUAAAUCGUGGAGAAGCGAACAACUGUACUAGGCCUUAGGGCAACAUUGUAAAUAUAAAUAAUGUAUUUAUUACAUUUCGCUAGAAUAAUAAUAAUUAUUGUGUCCAAGUUAGUGUAUUCAUGAUAUAAUAAUGUAGUUGAAAAAAACACGCAUAAAUCUAUUCCAAAUUAGCCAACGAAAUAGGAAUUAAGUACGGACAGGAGUAUGAGUCAUGAGACGACCAACCACACAGCAGCACCCAAAACAUAUAUAAAACACAUAAUGAAAUAUAAAUAAUUCUAGUUUGUAGGCCUAAAUGUAAGACAGGUGCUUUGAUUUAAGCCAAU